AGAGGAGGGGGUGUCCGGCGGUGACGGCGGGUGUGGUGUGGGCUCGUGUCGGCCCCAAUGGCUGCAAUCGUGGGCUACGGCCAAGAUGUUUGUGUUUGUAUUAGGCCUGACAACUAUACUGCAGGGGGCGUCGUAUCGGUAUAUGAUAGCCAGCGUCACAACGCUUGAGAAACGGUACGCCUUCGGGAGCCUUAUGUCGGGAUUUAUACUCAUCGGAGACAACAUUAGCGAAAUGACUGUUCAACCAGUGCUCGGCUAUUUGGCCCAUCGCCUACACCGGCCCCGACUUAUCGCCUGGUGCCAGAUCCUGGUGGGUCUGGGCCUGUAUUUGGCUGCGUUGCCCUAUUUUAUAUACGGUCCGGGCGUUCACCUCUUGGACAGUAGCGCCGGUGUCGGCAGUAUUGGUAAUAAAUCCGUAGAGUUUUGCGAUGUAAACAGAAAUAUUGAUGAGGACUGUGCCCGGGAUGCCGGUGCCAACAGCUCCAUGACUUUGGUGGCCGUGUUUUGCCUGUUUAUGUCAAUGUUUUUUAAUGGUUUCGGUUCCGCCGCUUACUAUAGCAUUGGUAUACCGUUUAUUGACGACAGCGUCGAGAAGAAAAAUUCACCAAUUUAUAUAAGUUUGUCGGCGUGUAUGCGCUUAAUGGGUCCGACACUCGCCUACUCCAUGUCCUCAUAUGUAUUGACUUUAUAUGAGAAUCCCUUGAUGAAUCCUGGCAUAUCAACUAAUGAUCCACGGUGGUUAGGCGCGUGGUGGAUUGGUUUUAUAAUUUUGGCCACGUGUAUAAUACUGUGUAGUUUACCGUUAUUUCUGUUUCCCAAUCAACUCAUACCACCGGCAACUAGUGAACCGGCAAAUAAGACCAGGAAAUUGAAAAAUCCGGCGUCUGAUUUAAAAAUGGACUUGUGGUCUCGUUUGAUGCGUUUGGCAAACAAUCCCAUAUAUGUAUUCAUACUAAUUGGCACAACUAUACGAUUGCUGGGAGUGUUAGGGUAUAUGACAUUCAAACCCAAGUAUAUUGAGGCCCAGUAUAGGAAGUCCGCCUCCACUGCCAACCUAUUCUCAGGUAUUAUUGGUAUCGUUCCCUCUGCUAUUGGUAUACUAAUUGGUGGAGCGUUUAUAACGUAUUUAAAACCCGGGGCUAAAGUGUUGACCGUAUUUGUAAUGUUAGUGGAGAUAUUAGGCAAUGCAGGAAUGUUUGGCGCAUUUUUUCUGGGCUGUCCCCCCGCACAGUUCGCCACAAUUCCCGCACAUACUAUCAACUUUGAGAAUACGUGCAAUUCAAACUGUGCAUGCACAACCCAACGAUUUAUGCCCAUAUGUGGCCCUGAUAAUGUUACCAAUUAUUUUUCACCCUGUUUUGCCGGCUGCGAUUCAAACUCGAUCAUAAAGUCUAUCAAUGGACCAAAUCAAUACUCGUCGUGCGGUUGCAUUGACAGAGGAGGCGGUGGAGGUGUGGCCACAGAGGGCUACUGUCCCACUGAUUGUGGCAACAAUUUUGAGACAUAUGUAACAUUGUUUGGUAUCAGUAAUUUAGUGGGCACUCUGGCCCGCACUGGCAAUGCUAUUAUUGGGUUUAGAAUUGUAGACAAGGUGGACAAAAGUUUUAUGAUUGGUGUUAGCGGCGCUAUUCACAGCAUAUUCGCAUUCAUACCGUACCCCCUGGUGUACGGAGCGGUGGCCGACGCCUCCUGUAAGGUAUGGGAGUCCAAGUGUGGGGGAGAGAGGGGUAACUGUUGGGUAUACGACACGGAUCUGUUCAGACAAUAUAUGCACGGCUUAACAAUCAUACUGUAUAUCAUUGCCUCACUCUUUGAUGUAUUGGUUGUUUGGUUUUCGGCCAGAAUUACAAACCUAUACACCGAUGAGACCGACGACCAGGACUUUGAU